UAAGUGGCAUUGGAUGAUAUAGUGCCAGGAAACUUAUAUUUCUUCUGUAUGUUUAGAUAAGGCUCUAAAUACAAGUGGUUCCAGUUACGCCUGAAUUUAAAGACAGUGGGAAAUGGUAAUAGCAAGUUGCCACAAAAAAGAAUAGUUGAAAGCGAAAGGAGGAAGGUAGAUUGAGCAAGCAGCUCAUGAGAAAGUAUUUGUUGCCAAAAUGCAGCACAGAAAGAAGAAAACUAAAGGGAGACAGAAUCUUAGACGCUCACUCUGUACAUUAAGUUUAAUGGUUAUAUCAACGGCUUCAUAUGACAGGAAAUGAUCUGGGCGUUUUGUUCACUUAUUCUGGAUGCCCUUAGUUUCACAGAGCAACGGGUAACAUGGAUUGCACCUCAGAAGGAGGCAGCUGAACUCUCCCUCUGGCUUUAGUGAGGAAAGAGCAGCGAUGAAAUUCGUGGACUGUGUGCACGUCAUCCAGCAGAAGGAUACCGCCUCCUCUCCCUCUGCCCCCCCUGGUGCUGGUUUGGGCACCAGGGGACUUUUUUCUGUCACAUUCCUGUGGCUUGCAAUGCUCCUGUCCUCUUGUCUUGCAGCAGUGUCUCUUUACCAUGUUAUCACCCUGAAAACAGAAGUAGAAGCUCUCCGUAGCGAGCUGAUCUACAGGGUCCAGGCAAGCUCCCAGCUAGACCAGCCACUGGUGUCCCCUAAUGAAGACCGAGUGGAUGUCCCCGCUUCUUCCUUCCUGCAAGUGUCAGCAGCUCCGGCCAGGCAGGGAAACAGGGUACCUGGUCCUGACGCAACUGAGCAUUUCUGGGAGGAAAUCUGGAAUGGGAGCAGAAAGAGGGGGAGGAGGUCUAUCAUCCGCACUGAAGAAACAGGGCUGCAGGCCUGCUUGCAACUGAUUGCUGACAGCAAAAGUGAUGUCCAACAGAAAGAUGAUUCAAGCAUUGUCCCUUGGCUCCUUAGCUUUAAACGUGGAACAGCUCUGGAAGAACAAGGAAAUAAAAUAGUCAUCAAAGAAACAGGAUACUUUUUCAUAUAUGGCCAGGUUUUAUAUACAGAUACAACAUUUGCUAUGGGACAUCUAAUACAGAGGAAGAAGGCCCAUGUGUUUGGUGAUGAUCUCAGUUUGGUGACAUUAUUUCGUUGCAUCCAAAAUAUGCCACAGUCUUAUCCGAAUAAUUCUUGCUAUACUGCUGGCAUUGCAAAAUUAGAAGAAGGGGAUGAGCUUCAACUUACAAUACCACGAAGAAGGGCCAAAAUAUCCUUGGAUGGAGAUGGAACUUUUUUUGGUGCAGUUAGACUCCUCUGAAACACCUCUUUUUUGUUAUUAUGCUUAGUGCAAUUUUCUUCUCUUCAUAUGCUUCUGAAAGAAAAAAAUACUGGAUUGCAAUAAAGCUGCCAAUACAGUUUCUUCUCUCA